AACAGGGUAAUUACUUAGUGGGCGUGCUUUGGCGGUCCCCAUAGGUACCUAAGGAGCUUUUUAGAGGAGGAGAGGUUUUCUGACAUCUUAGAUUACACAACUGAGCUGGUUGAGCAAGACUUCAGGAGGCAAGACUCCAAGUCCAAGGCAGAAACACUGCUGGAACAGCAGAUGCUUCACUGACCUCCAGAGCCCUCGUCCUACUAAGAUGUGGCUUUAUGCUCUGAUCUGGGCUUCUCUUGCUGCUUUCACAGCGCGGGGGCACUCGUCCUCACCACCCGUGGUGAACACUAUUUAUGGCAAAGUCCUGGGGAAGUAUGUCAAUCUAGAAGGAUUCACACAGCCUGUGGCUGUUUUCCUGGGCGUCCCCUUUGCCAAACCUCCUCUUGGAUCCCUGAGGUUUGCUCCACCACAGCCAGCAGAGCCAUGGAGCUUUGUGAAGGAUACCACUUCCUACCCUCCUAUGUGCUCCCAAGAUGCAAUCGGAGGACAGGCGCUCUCAGACCUUUUUACCAACAGAAAGGAGAACAUUCCUCUCAAGUUUUCUGAAGACUGUCUCUACCUAAAUAUUUACACUCCUGCUGACUUGACAAAGAACAGUCAAUUGCCAGUGAUGGUGUGGAUCCAUGGAGGUGGACUGCUGGUGGGCGGAGCAUCAACCUAUGAUGGGCUGGCCCUCUCUGCCCAUGAAAAUGUGGUGGUGGUGACCAUUCAGUACCGCCUGGGCAUCUGGGGAUUCUUCAGCACAGGGGAUGAACACAGCCGAGGUAACUGGGGUCACUUGGACCAGGUGGCUGCACUGCGCUGGGUCCAGGACAACAUUGCCAACUUUGGGGGCAACCCAGGCUCUGUGACUAUCUUUGGAGAGUCAGCAGGAGGUUUCAGUGUCUCUGUACUUGUGUUGUCUCCUCUGGCCAAGAACCUCUUCCACAGGGCCAUUUCAGAGAGUGGGGUGUCCCUCACUGCUGCUCUCAUCAAGAGAGAUGGAAAGCCCAUUGCUGAGCUGGUUGCUACUUUGGCUGGGUGUAAAACCACUACAUCAGCUGUCAUGGUUCACUGCCUGCGCCAGAAGACAGAGGAUGAGCUCAUGGAGACCUCACUGAAAAUGAAUCUUUUUAAGCUGGACUUACUUGGAGACCCAAGAGAGAGCUAUCCCUUCCUCCCCACUGUGAUUGAUGGCGUGGUGCUGCCAAAGACACCAACAGAGAUUAUGGCUGAAAGGAAUAUCAACACUGUCCCAUACAUAGUCGGCAUCAACAAGCAAGAGUUUGGCUGGAUCAUACCAAUGCUUAUGGGCUAUCCACUCUCUGAAGGCAAACUGGACCAGAAGACGGCCAAGUCCCUCUUGUGGCAGUCCUACCCCAUGCUUAACAUCUCUGAAAAUCUGAUUCCAGAGGUCACUGAGAAGUAUUUAGGAGGUACAGAUGACCUUGUCAAAAAGAAAGACUUGUUCCUGGAUUUGAUUGCAGAUGUGAUAUUUGGUGUCCCAUCUGUGAUGGUGUCCCGUGCUCACAGGGGGCUUCCCCAUUGGCCACAGUACGACCAGCAGGAAGGGUACCUUCAGAUUGGAGUCCCAACCCAGGCAGCCCAGAGGCUGAAAGACAAGGAAGUGGCUUUCUGGACUGAGCUGAGAGCCAAGGAAACAGCAGAGAGGCCAUCACAGAGGGAACAUGUGGAGCUCUGAUCAGGAGAUGGAGGCCUGUGGGAGAGUCUGAACCCAAGGGAAAGGCAUUCCACAGAAGGAUUUUGUAGAAAAAUAAAGCAUCUUAUUGUUGAAUCUGUAAA